AUGGCUCCUGAUCAUGUGCCUUAUUACCAGUACCCUUACGUAGCAGCUGCUCAAUAUCCAACCAUGCCUUAUCGUCCAAUUGCUCUUGUCCUUAUUCCAGCUCCAGUACCUCAGUAUCAAGUUCCAGUUCCUCAAUAUCAAGCUCCACAACCUCAGUUCCAGGCUCCUCCACCUCAACAUCAACAGAGGCCAUAUCAACAGUAUAAUAAUGUGAAUACCACUCCUAUCCCAAUGAUUUACACUCAAUUGCUACUAUAUCUGAUUCAGAAUGGGACUGUCGUACCAAGGGCAUUACUGCCAAUGCCAAAGCCGCAUAAGCCUUGGUAUGAUGAGAAUGCUAGAUGUGACUUUCAUGCUAAUUCAGAGGGUCGUACAACAGAGAAUUGCAAGGUGUUCAAGCUCCGGGUCCAAGAGUUGAUAGAUCAAAAAAUACUCUCUUUUGCUGAUGUUCCAAAUAUGGGGAACAAUCAUUUGCCUAAACAUAGUAGUUCAGACGUCAGUUCUAUAGAAAGUCCAAAUGAUGAAGGAUUGAUAAAGAAUGUGUUCAAGUUGAAGACUCCCUUAACAAUGGUUCGUACUAGAUUGUUGGAAGCAGAAUUGAUGAAGGGAACGCAUGCUAAUUGUGUGGUGUGUUCAUCCAACCCUGAUCAAUGUGGUGAAUUCAAAAUUUGUCUUCAACGUUUGAUGGAUCAGCGGGUUAUUCAGUUCACCAAAGCAAAGAUUGAUGAAGAUGUUGCUGUGAUUGUGCAUGUGUUUGAUCAAGAGAGGCUUCCCAAGCCUUUUGUGGUCCCUUAUCAGAGAAAUGUUAACCUAGAGCCAAUGAAGAAGAUUGAGCCCAUGGUUAUCUAUGUUCCCACUCCAUUCUCAAUUGACAGUACCAAAGUAGUGCCUUGGAACUAUGAGCAUGUAGUUUAUGUGGGUAACAAACCAGUAAUCUUGAAAGAGCCAGAUGUGACUAACAUUGCUGGAGCUAGUGGUGUGACUCGAAGUGGAAGGGUUUUCGCUCCUGAAGUGAUCCUAAACAAAGAAAGUGCACCAACAGUUGAACCAACGAAGGGGAAUGAGGUGAAUCCUCCAAAAUCAGGAGAAGUCUCAUCUAAGAAAGCAGUGACUGCUGAAGAGGAUAGACAAUUCUUAAAGAUCAUCAAGAAGGGUGAUUACAAGUUUGAUGAUGUGGUUGCUAAUCUCAAUGCUAGUAGUUGUUUGAUGUUCACUGAUGAUGAUGAUUUACCCCCUAAUGGGCGAGAACAUAAUAUGGCGCUUCAUAUCUCCAUUCAGUGUACAGAUGUUACCCGGGCUCGAGUACUGGUAGAUACAGGUUCAUCCUUGAAUGUGUUGCCAAAGACUACUUUAGCACAACUGAAUAUUAAAGGGGUAAUGAUGAGACCCAGUGCUUUGAUAGUGAAAGCUUUUGAUGGGUCUAAGCAAACGAUUAUUGGGGAGAUUGACCUUCCAAUCUUGAUUAGCCCUCAAACUUUCCGUAUUACCUUCCAGAUAAUGGAUAUUAGGCCUGCCUAUAGUUAUCUGUUAGGUAGACCUUGGAUUCAUGCUGCUGGAGUUGUCACCUCGACACUCCACCAGAAGCUGAAGUUUGUUACUUAUGAUAAGCUGGUCCUUGAAGUGGUCAAUGUGGUCCAGACUAAACUGAAACCUGUUGAAGAACCCAAGGGGGUCAUGUCCUCGUGGAAGAGUGUGAAAGCUGCAAUUGAAGCUGGUUGCCCUUGGAGUUGGGGCAUAAUGAUUGAAUUACCAGAGAAGAAAGACAGGUGUAGAUUGGGAUAUCAACCGUCUAUUGAACUGUUCAAAGAUCAGAAGAUACAUCAGGGGAAGGUUCCUAGCAUCCAAGAAAUAUUUUACAAAGUUGGUUUCUGA